CCUAGACACGAGAGAAGACUGUCAUGGCGACGAUAGGUGGUUAAUAAGAGUUGAGUCCGUCGUCAGUCGAAAAAAAAAAAGUUUAAAAAAAAUAAUAUUGUAUUAUAAUCUUUAAAUAAUUCUACGUCGAACAAUAUUACAUCAUAUAUCAUUAUAAGUGACGUAAAUGAAGUUAUAAAAUGCAAAACGUUGAUAACUUAAGAGUCAAUGAAACGAAUGAGGUUGGUCAAGACCAUUCUAGUUCAUCCUCGCCAAUUAGCACGGAAAGAGGACAAAGUCUAACAUCAAUCCAAACGAAUUUCAUGGCUGAUAUGUCGGAAAGUGACGAGGACGACGUGUCUGAGGUCGAGUCUUUUAUUUUAGACCAAGGAGAUUUAGAUGAAGAACCAGUAUUAGAUACAGCAAAAUUUCUUUUGCAAGGUGAUGAAAGUGACAGUCCAGAUUUGCAUAAUGUUGAUCCUGAGACACAAGCACGUUUAGAAGCUUUGUUAGAAGCUACUGGUAUUGGAAAACUCUCACUUUCAGACGGGAAACAAUUUGCUGAUCCUGAAGUACUUCGUAGGCUAACGUCAUCAGUCAGUUGUGCUUUAGAUGAAGCUGCUGCUGCCCUCACAAGAAUGCGAGCUGAGCAUGGGUCCACAGGAGUACAGGGUGAAAGUGGAAAUGGUGGAAGAUCAUUAGCUGAAGCAUGCAGUGAUGGAGAUGUUGGAACAGUUAGGAAACUGCUAGAUGAAGGAAGAAAUGUAAAUGAAAUUACAGAAGAAGGAGAAUCUCUCUUGUCUCUAGCAUGUUCUUCAGGUUAUUAUGAAUUAGCACAGCUGCUAUUAGCCAUGAGAGCUAAUGUUGAAGAUAGAGGUUUAAAAGAUACUACCCCUUUAAUGGAAGCAGCUAAUGCUGGUCAUGGAGAUAUUGUUAAACUUUUGGUUGGCCAAGGAGCAGAUACCAAUGCACAGACAUCUCAAGGUAUUAUUUUAAAAUAGUAAACAUUUUAGAUA